AUGGCUCCUACAAGCAUUUACCAGUCUUUCAGCGAACCAGUAUACCGCCCCAACUCUCCAGACACGCACCAUAUCGCACACACAUCAGGCGAAACAACCAGGAAUUCCGAGCCUCCGCUUUUCUUGCUAGAGGUCAAUGCCUCUGCAUGGGCGCAGCUGGCGAAUCCCAUAUUAAGACAACAUGAGCAGGACCUACAGACCAUCUUUUUUCCGACUCGAGAAACCAGUGCAAUCUACGACACAGAGGGGGAUGUCGUUGCAGGCGCAACGCUGGAACUCACUCACCCUGUCAACGUGGUAUUGAGUGCACAUAUGCCAUCGCUCUUAUACGGUAGCGAGGCGUCCAAAGCCACAGCUCGUGCGGACAGAGUCUACUUCAAACAAAAUCCGGGCCAAGAGAAGAGGUUUUACGCCGUUUUGGACUACAAGAGAGUGUCCGUCAUCAUUGAGGAAGAAUUCCGAGCCAAGAUUGCCAGCAGCCACACAACCUUUAAAAGGUACAUGGAGAGGGGCAGGGACAACAGUGAAUCGCAAGAAGAAGACGGUCAUGUUACCAACGCCGAAACACUCCUCAAACAGGGCGUUCACUAG